GCAGUAGUUUCGACUGGUGAUGAUUGCAAUCUAAUGAUUACAGACCCCUGAACUGCUUUAGAAAAUGUUAAACUUGGUUCUUUUUUACUCUUUGUUCCUUUAUCAUCUGGUGGGUGUGUUUGGUGAUACAGUGAAGUCAGUACCGGUGAUGGAGGGAGAUUCAGUCACUUUACACACCGAUACUCCACUUCAGGCAGAUGAAGAUAUAAACUGGCGGUUUGGACCUAAUAAAUUCAUCAUAGCUGAAAUAAAAAAUGGGACUGUAAGCUUCUCCACAAAUGAUAAUAUGGAGGGAUUCAGAGACAGACUGAAGCUGAGCAAUAAAAGCGGAUCACUCAUGAUCACAAACAUCAGAAAUACAGAAGCUGGAGUUUAUGAGUUAAGAAGAAGAAACAUCUGCAGAUACAAUAUUUCUGUUUAUGCUCGUCUGCCUGUUCCUGUCAUCACCAAAGACUCUCUAUUAAAUACCUCAUCAUCCUCAUCAGCAUCCACAUGUGUGUUGCUGUGUUCAGUGGUGAAUGUGUCUGUGGGUGCUGAACUGUCUUUUGACUCUAUGAGUCUCUCUUGGUACAAAGGAAACAGUUUAUUGUCCAGGAUGAGAGUGUCAGACCACAGAAUCGGUCUGCCUUUACAACUGGACUGUCUAAACGGUUCUUACAGCUGUGUGGUGGCCUAUACAUUCACCAACAAGACUACAAAUCUCACCAACCCUGGACUCUGUCAAGCAUGCACAGACUCUCUGAUCAUGCUGAUUUCUGCUGCUGCCGCUGGAUUUCUGUUGUUUCUGGUAGUUGCGAUUGGGAUUUUCUGGAUCUGCAGGAAACCUGGACAAACACAUGAAGAAGGCAAGCAUUACCUAAUGAAGAAUCAAAUAAAUGCCAAUACACUUUGA